AGCUUACAUUUUUGCUUCCAAAGACGGUGCGCCCAGCAACCCCUAUCAUCACGAUGCCGUUGGGGCAGGGACCGUACAAGCUUCGGGCAGACGUGGUGCCGGUGAACUCGGAGAUGACCGUAUUUCCAGGCGUCCACGCGGCGAACUUCUGUGUUUGCACCUCGGGCGGCGGGGCACGAGCUUUGACACAUACCAUGGGCGUCUACCGGGCGUUGCAGGAAAUGGGCAUCAUGGAGCAGCUCGAUGGGAUCAGUUCGGUCUCCGGUGGCACUUGGGCCUCUUCGAUCUACAUGUUCGCGCGGGAGUUCCAGGGCGAGGCCAUCGAGGCCAGUGCCUUGCUCGGGGCGCGGACGAGGCCGGAGCAUCUGACCCUGCAAGCCUUGCGAGAGGAGGCUCCCCCCAUGGCGCGGGGCAUUACGAAGGGCAACUCCAGCCAGCUCCUCUGGCAGUAUGCGGGCUCACACCGAGACAAUGAGGUCUGGGCCCAUGUGGUGGCAGACCUGAUCUUGCAGCCCUUUGGUCUGGAGAGCUUCGAGUGUUGUGUGGCCGAGAGUGAGGAGGAGGUCAAGCGGAUCAAGGAGGAGAACCCGGGCAUCCAGGGCGUGCCCUUCCACGUGCCGCGCCGCGAUCGUCCAAAGCUCUUCGUGAUGAACGGCGCGCUGCUGGCGCCCUCAAACCAUGGCAUCUCCGGUGACAGCGUGGUGUCUUUUCAGAUGUCGCCAGAUUACAGUGGCAGCCCCUUUUACCCCAAGGACCAAGUCUUGCGCUUCACUCCAGACGUGACGUAUCAGCCAGUGCCUUUAUGCUGCAUCUAUCCCUGCUGGAGGAAGGCUUUGACCUUGAGCAUCGGGGGCGGCUUCAUCGAAACCUUUGCCUUCGGUGGCGACGCGCCGGAGGCUGAAGCGCAGCGGGGCGGCAAGGUGGAGGUCCCCACGCCGGACACGAGCUUCUCCUUGCCCGAGAUGGUGGGAAUCAGCAGCUAUGCUCCCGCCUCGUCCUUCUCGAACAGGCUGCUGACCAGUUGGUGGCUCAACAUCCGCAAGAAGUACUGGGCCAUUUGCAGCAACACUUGUCCAUCUGCCCAGGAAGCGCAUGAAUAUCAGAUGGGCGAUGGCGGGGCCAUCGACAACAGCGGUUUGCUUCCCCUCCUGCAGCGCAGGAGUCGCAAGGUGAUUUGGAUUGCCAGCUCCUACCGACCUCUACAGGACUACGACUUUGAAGGGGCCACCAUUGACAACUUCGACCCGGAUGCGGCAGGAGUGAUAGAUCAACUCUCGAGCCUCUUCGGGUACGGAUUGAACGACCAGGAUGAGGGCUACUUCUAUGCCAACAACCAGGUCUUCAAGAAGUCCCAGCUGCUGCCGAUCUGCCGAAAGCUCUUUGCUUUGAAGUCCUCAGGGAAGCCGAUGGUGCUGAAAGAGAGCUUGGACGUGCUGCCCAACAGCUACUGGGGCAUCCGGGGAGACUACCAGGUGUCCUUCGUGCUGAUCUACUUGGACGAGUGCGCAGAAUUCCAGCAGCAGCUGCCGCAGGAGGUCCGAGAUGAGAUCGCCAAGGGCCCAAAUGGCAUGCUAGAGAACUAUCCCAUCUACAAGACCACUGGGAACAACAAGGAGGACAUGUUGGGCCUCAACACUGCUCAGGUGAAUCUGUUAGCCGCCCAAGGGGAAUAUGCGGUGCGACAGAAUGCUCAUCUUUUCCGGGAGCUGCGGGAGAUCACGCAACCACAUCUGCCGACAAUCUUGAGGGGACCUUCUUCGCCGGACAAAGUGGCGAAGUAGAGUCAGACGGUUGUCCUUUUACUAGCCAAUCCAGGGAUGAAGUGGAGACAAGGGAUGAU